GCUGGGAGGAAGAGGAGCAGAUCCUCAGCCAUGAGCUCCAGCCAGUCAGGGAUCUGCCCCUGCCAGGGUGCCACAGACCGCCCGGCCAUUCUGUAUGCACUUCUGAGCCCCAGCCUCAGGGCCAGGCCCUCUGUGCCCCCAGUCCCUGGCCACUGCCUGUGCAGGCAGCACCGACCCGUCCAGCUGUGUGCUCCCAAUCGCACCUGCCGGGAGGCCUUGGACGUUCUGGCCAAGACCGUGGUCUUCCUCAGGAACUUGCCACCUUUCUGCCAGCUGCACCCCCAGGAUCAGCGGCAGCUGCUGCGGGGCUGCUGGGCCCCCCUCUUCCUGCUUGGGUUGGCCCAAGACACUGUAACCUUCGAGGUGACUGAGGCCCCGGUUCCAAGUAUACUCAAGAAGAUCCUGCUGGAGGAGCCCAGCAGCCAUGCAGGCAGUGGCCAGCUGCUGGAUCGGCCCCAGCCCUCGCUGGCUGCGGUGCAGUGGCUUCAGUACUGCCUGGAGUCCUUCUGGAGCCUGGAACUGGGCCCCAAGGAAUAUGCCUACCUGAAAGGGACCAUCCUCUUCGACCCUGACGUGCCAGGCCUCCACGCCUCCUCCCACAUCGGGCAUCUGCAGCAGGAGGCUCAUCAGGCAUUGUGUGAGGUCCUGGAGCCCUGGUGCCCAGCAGGCCAAGGCCGCUUGGCCCGGGUCCUCCUCACGGCCUCCACCCUCAAAUCCAUUCCACCCAGUCUGCUUGGGGACCUCUUCUUUCGCCCUAUCAUUGGAGACAUUGACAUCGCUGGCCUCCUCGAGGACAUGCUUUUGCUGAGCCAACCUGCUCCAGCCCAAGCAGAGAGCAGGUGUAGGGUGGGCAGAUGCUGGCAGCACUGAUUUGGCCUGGCUGUCCCCAAGGGUCACCCAAUGCUCCCAGAGAAGGCAAACAAACCUGUACAGACAGCACUUGGCUCCCCAGGCACAAGCUGGCUCUGACCCAGCCACUCAGCCAUACCCCAUCUUGCCUUCCCUCAGUUUGGACAUAGUGUUCCAGCUGUCUGGCCAGCCAUUGGUGGUCCCAGAGCCUCUGGGCCAUGACUCCUGUACCCUCCUGGGAUGGGGAUGAAAGCUUAGAGUGCUCAUCAGGCCAGGAAUCCUACGGACUUUGUACAAAACUGACUUAAGUUAUUGAUUUUUGUAAUAAAAGUUGUG